GGAGUCGAGCGGAGACGCGGCACAAGGCGGGGGUUAGCUACCAGCUACCGGCAUGGCCAGGGACUACGAUUACCUCUUCAAGCUGCUCAUCAUCGGUGACAGCGGAGUGGGGAAGAGCAGUCUCCUCUUGCGAUUUGCAGACAACACAUUUUCAGGUAGCUACAUCACCACAAUAGGCGUGGACUUUAAGAUCCGGACAGUUGAGAUCAACGGGGAGAAGGUGAAGCUACAGAUCUGGGACACAGCAGGGCAGGAACGCUUUCGCACCAUCACUUCCACGUAUUACAGGGGAACGCACGGGGUCAUCGUGGUUUACGACGUCACGAGUGCAGAGUCUUUUGUCAAUGUUAAACGAUGGUUACAUGAAAUCAACCAAAACUGUGACGACGUGUGCCGAAUAUUAGUGGGAAACAAGAAUGACGACCCCAACUCUAAGGUGGUUGAGACGACUGACGCGCAGAAGUUUGCAGAGCAGAUGGGAAUCAGCCUGUUUGAGACGAGUGCCAAGGAGAAUAUCAACGUUGAAGAGAUGUUCAACUGCAUCACAGAGCUCGUGUUGAAAGCCAAGAAGGAGGUGCUCGCCAAGCAGCAGCAGCAGCAACAGAACGACGUGGUCAAACUUACCCGGAACAGUAAACGAAAGAAAAAGUGCUGCUAGCAAACUCCUGCCCACACGGCCCGGAGGCGUCUUCACACGCGCAUACACACCGCACGGUGGGACUCAGAGCAUUUAAGUUAAAGAGCAGAUAAAGAUUUAAUAAGUAUACCGUGAAAGAUAAAAAAAAAAUAAGAUAAAUGGAAAAUUGUCCCCUUUGGACAAACUAAUCAUGAAGACUUUGAACAGAUGUACAGAUUUUUAUUAGAUGUCAGAUCAAGUUUUAUUUGGAGUUGAGCAAAUGAGCCCGGCUAACCUGGGGUCGUCCUUGGUCGAAGGAUCUGCGAGCAGACAACUGAUCGCCACGACGCUCACAUUUCUAUCGGCAUCGUCCCCAGUCUUCUUCCAUCAGUGUCUCAUCUCCCGUUUACUGCGCACGAGACGCUCCGAGUCGGCUGCACCUGAGGGGGACCACCACUCAGCCUCCCUGGAUUAGUUGAAGUGUUUUUGUUUUUUGUCGUUGGACCGUGGCUGAUAGAUGGAAGGUGUUGCACCUCUCUGCAGUUCAAACAUUUCCAGCUCCUGCAUUCGCUCGGCUCAGGCCAACACAUCAUGAACCGCUAGUUCUUAUUUAGACUUGUUGGGGAAGAAAGUCACACAGUGAUUCAUAGAAAACCUUUAGCAACAAAUCCAAUGGACACAACUUGUGAUUUUUGUGUAUUUUUUUCUGUAUUUUGCCAAGCUUCCCACCCACCCCCUCCCUCCUAACACCCCGUAGUGGUGAGCCAGUAAUAGUUGGUUUGUUCUCAGUGUGGCGGAGCAGUCGAACCACUCCUGAAGCUCGGACUGCACUCUUCAUCUCCGUCUUGGUAUUCUUUGCUUUGAAACCUUUUUCUUCCACAAACUGAUACUGCCAAUAUUAAAUCUCUAUACGAGCCUCUCACUGGACUGUUGCCAUAGUGGCCAGUGGCUGGCCAAUACGCAGGGUGAAUCAGUGUCUGAUGAGACCCUACUGAGACCUCAGGAAGUGCUCCCUCACCCCGCAGUCUUCUCUUCCCUCAGCACCUCUCACAGCGAUGGACUCACCCUCUGCAAGCAAAGAGCUCAAACUCUAGAAACUUGCGUCUGACGUCAUCGUUGUGACCUCCAGGCCAGAGGAGACGGCUUUAGCUUCAGCAUGUAACUUUGUUUGACUUGGUGUGUUUCAGGUCAGAACUGUCAUCUUGCAGAAUUAUCCCUAAUAACAGCUGACUAAUGUUUUAAGUCUUGCGUCAUGUAUUUGUCAUGUUUCUAUCACCCCCCCCCCACCCCAAACUGAAGUGUUAAUAGUGUUUUUGAUGUCCACAGUGAGGCUGUGGGACUGUUAAUGUGAGAACAAAUGGGAACGAACUGCAGCACUGGAUCCCCGUGAGUUCGGACCUGAGCUGCUGUCGCCUUGGCGCGGGGUUAGUCCGGGAGGCCGAAGCAGCACACUGUGUCUAUAACUGACCCCUUUAUUUUGAUUUGGGAGAGUCGUACGUGGAGACGGAUGGAGGAAACCGUUUUAUCCUCUGGGCAGGCUUUGGCUGAUGGUUUGGGAUCCUGAUGCAUGUCGAGAGGCCUAGAAAUCAAAUGAAAUCUCACAUUUAUUUUCAUUAUAUAUAUAUAUAUAAAUAUAUAGAUGUGUGUGUUUAUAUUCAGUAUGAAAACAUACACACAUAAUGACACACCGAACUGCGUGUUACACAUGCCUGGUGUGCUAUGGUUUAAACACACUCGUCAGCUGUGGUUUGCUGUACACUGGAGAAGAAAACAAACAAAUGUGCUAUUUAGUUUUCCCUACAUGAAUUUAAUCCGUAAUAAACAUUUUAAAGGAAUAAACAUUUGACAUGAUGGCUGAUCUUGCUUGUCUGUAGGUAAGACUUGGUCCCAAGUUCAUUUCACGCCUGUGUCUUGUAUUAUUUUUGGCUUUUCUGUGAAUAAAAUUGUAUGGAAGGAAGAGUGAACUAAUCUUUGGGAAACCUGGCUACAGACGUAGGAAAAUAAAAUCCUUAAGCACAUUUACUGCUUUGAUAAUAGUUUAAUCUGUGAUUCAACACUGGACACGUUCUACACAAAUAUAUGGAAAAGUUAGUAUAUUAAAGAUCUACGUCAUGUUUAUAAAUGGGGAGAACCAGUCUGUUUUUACCCAUCGUUUCUAAAUCUUAACAGGGUUUGUUCUGUCUCCUUGCUGUUCUAAGUCUGAUUAAAGUCAGAAGUGCCAAAC